AUGUUCAGACUUGAUCAGACCAUCAAUAUGGGGCAUAUGGAUGAGACUUUGCAAUUGAAGAUCAUAAGCGCUACCGUUCUUAAAUCCAUGAAUAAGGUUAUUGCCGUUAAGCUCGAUGAGGCCUUACAAUUUGCAAGGACAUACAGACUGCACUUCUGA